AGUUUCAUUGCACAAGUAACAAUGACUGGCCUAUGACCAGUAUAACAUUCUAGACAAAAGGUGCACUAUGUGUCUUAUUUUAUCUCAGCAAAAGCUCCUUCUAGGGCAGAGAAUAAGUCAAAAUCAUUUAUUGGAAGAGUCUUGCUUCACAGUCACAAUUUGCAAAGGCAAAUUAGUGAUGUUCUCAAUAGCAACGGUCAAAUGGUUCUGUUGCUUAGGCAUGGAACUCAGUACCAAAAAGAGUAAAAGGGUCAUCCUGGUUUGUUUGUGCCAUUCAAACACUAAUUACUUGAACUUCUUUGUCUGUAUUACUCCUUAUACAGACAAAGAAGUAUUACUUCUACAGAGGUAUUUCUAAAGCUUCCACAACAGUCAGUUAAAUUAGCUGCCAGAACAAAACUGACUGGACAAUCUCAGUACUUUUGUUUGUUUAUAAAAUGAACAGCCACCAGGUUUCUGAAAAACUCACCCAAAUGCUUUAAGGGAUACUGUAAUUUUUCUGGAAUAUGCAGGUCUAAGGCUUAGAUCUUAAAUGACUUGUCCAGCAUGGAAAAAGAUACAAAGUUGUAGCUGAUAAAAGAGACUCUAAUCUUAUUCUAGUACAGUUCUAACAAGUCAGUUAUUGGUCACUUGAAACUAGAAACACUUCCACUAUUAAAAAUUUACAUCACAAGCACAAAAUAACGGCCUGUGGUGACAUGGUGUGUUGCUUAGAUAGGCAUUUAUGUACACUUAUGUUUAGGCUGUUGCUCUCAAAAUGUAUGAAUGGUAUAGCAAUGAUGACAGCAGUUGCCAAGUACCAUACACGUAACACUGGCAGGAAUCCAUGGUUACCUCUUCAAAAUAAUCUGUGAACCUUUGUCUGUAGGUCUUUUUUUGUCUGUCUAUUUUGAAGUUCUUCCAGGUCUGAAGUCACAGUUAUCCUACAUCUGACAAUGCAGCAACCCAAAGAAAGAAGUGCAUGUUAGAUCAUGUCCCAACAGAACUGCUAAGAGGGAAUACACACAGACACAGUUGGCAAUGUACCAGAAAAUAUCAUUGUCUCUAGGAAGCUCUGGAAAAGAGUAGAGAUUAUGAACUAUCCACAGUAAUGAUUAACAAAACCAGGUGUUUAUUGCAUCCUUGCAAGGAGACUUGAAAGCCCCAUACAGGGUAGUUUCAUUUUUUUGUGGGGGGUUAUUUUCCAACAGAUUUUCAAGUGCGUCAUUCAGCCCUCAGCAGUCAACUGUAUCGUGUUGAGUUCCCAUCCCAAAGUAAACAUGAAAUCCACUCAGACAUUGUAGCUGUGCUAUGGAUUACUUCUAAUUCUGCACCAAUCUGAUAUUUGCACCAAGCAGGCAAUAAUUUUUCUGACCAUACUAUUAAGAUGACCUGUGUGCCUCAUAAGCUAAUGACAAUCUGGCACCCUGGCAAGAUUGUUCAUGAUUGCAUUCAGCAGAAGAUUUAGGGCUUGGAUCUGCUCUUAGGUGCUGUGAUUUAUGAAAUUUAACAAUACAAGUGUUCUACUUUCCAUUGUGAGUAGAAUGAGUAACCAGUUAAAUCCUGAGGCCAGGUCACACCAAAUCCAUGCAAACUAAAGCUAAAUAUCUUUAUACGAGUGUUGCUCAAGCUUUUCUUUAAAACGUCAGUGUGUAUUUUUAGGAGAUUAAAGACAACAAAGAAAGAUAUUUGCAUCCCACUCCAAUCUGGCUUGGUCUUCACGUCUCUAUGCAGAUAUUUCCAACACUUUAGUAAGUAUAGUGUUUGAAUUGGCAGUAUUCUACUGAAACUAUUUUAAGUUUCAUAAAAUCGUUUCCUGUCAUCUUCUAGGCCUCAGUUUAAGUGUGAGAUACCAGAGAGAUCAAAUGCUAGCCAGAGUACAUAGUAUUUUUUUUCUCUCAAUCAGUUAAUGAACUUCUAAUUCAUAUGUGGUUCAACACUAUAUAUACCUUAAAAGUAAGCUAAUCAAAUACCAGAAAAUUAGUGCUGAAUAUAUGUUUAGGCAUAUCCUCCUACCACAGCUGACAGGCUUCAGAGCCAGCUGAAUGUUCUACACCAAAACAAAAGGUAACUGCUGACUACAUGGUUUGACAAACUGGUCUAAUCUAUCAUGUAAUAUUUUUGUCAGGUCUAUUGUUUCUUUUGCAAUUCUGGUUUUUUUCCUUCUGUUUUCCUCUCUAACUUCCCUACAAUGGGUCUUUCCAUACCUAUUGCAAUUGUCUAAGUUUUAUGCAUUCCCUUUCUUUGCUAGUGGAUAUUUGAUAUAUUUGUGCUAUUCAACGGAACAAUAUCCACAUCCUCCUGCAUACUUAGGCCAGACUCCACAUACGAAACUGCUUAGUAUGUGUAGUGUAUUUGGAGCACUCAAUGAAUCCAGUGAGAAGGGGUCGAUCAUGAUGGCAAGACUGUGCUCCAGGUAAGUACAUCCGUGUUUUUAAGUGCGCUUCUCCUCUGCAUUUUCUGUGUGCGCUGUGUCUUCUUCAUAACAGCACUCCUACUUUAUCGGUCAGUGCUUCUGACUGUGGUAGCUUAUCUUUCUGGUGCUUCCGUGAACUCUCCAACCUCCACAACAGCCUCUCGGCACAAAACCCGUGACCACCCGCUCCCUUCCUGCCGUGGGGAGCACAGUCGGACAGCCACCAUGGCAGGGGACAGGCUGACACAGAAAAUUAUUUUCUAAGGCGGAGUUCUGAACGCGCCGGGACGCUCGGAGAGGGCAGGGUGCAGGGGCGCGGAGGAUCGCGGAGUGCCGCCCCGCUCCCGCCCCUGCUGAGUCCGUCCCGUCCCGUGCCGUCCCGAGCCGUGCCGUGCCCGCCGGACCCGAGCCCGCGCACGAGUCCGACCCCGCCCGGCCGCCGGCUCGCCUCUCCUCCGCCGCGCUCGCUGCCGCCACGGGGCUCGAAAGAUGGAGGGCUACGGGCGAUUCUUGGCGCUGCUGGCGUCUGCGCUGCUGGUCGGCUUCGUGUCGGUCAUCCUCUCCCUCGUCUGGGUCUUCCACUACCGCGAGGGGCUGAGCUGGGACGGCAGCUCGGCGGAAUUCAACUGGCACCCCGUCCUCAUCGUCACGGGCUUCGUCUUCAUCCAAGGCAUCGCUAUUAUUGUGUACAGAUUGCCCUGGACCUGGAAGUGCAGCAAGCUCCUAAUGAAGUUCAUCCAUGCUGGAUUAAAUACCAUAGCUAUGAUUCUUGCAAUUGUUGCUAUGGUAGCUGCGUUUGAUUAUCACAAUGCCCGGAACAUUCCUAACAUGUACAGUCUGCACAGCUGGAUUGGGCUGACUGCUGUUAUAUUUUAUGCUCUCCAGCUGUUCUGUGGUUUCGCCGUCUUUCUGCUCCCGUUUGCCCCAGCUCAUCUCCGUGCAGCUGUCAUGCCAAUACAUGCUUAUUCAGGUCUUACCAUCUUUGCAACAGUGAUUGCCACAUCUCUCAUGGGAAUCACAGAAAAACUUAUAUUUGGAUUGAGCAGUCCUUCAUACAGUGAAUCCCCACCAGAAGCAACUUUGGUCAACUGUCUUGGUCUUUUGCUUGUCAUAUUUGGUUCACUUAUUUUGUGGAUGGCAAGCAGGCCCUACUGGAAGCGGCCCCCAGAAGAGAAUGCUAAAAUUCUGAGCCCCAUUGGAGCAAAUCCUGAAGGCACAGAAGUAGAAUCCACAAUGACAAACAGUAGUAACGCAGAUAAAGCUGAUCUGAGGAGCAAUACUGAAGAAGCCAGAAAACAAAACAUCAAAUUUGAUGAAGCAGGACAAAGAUCAACUAUGUAAAGAAAAUGCACAGAAUAAAAGUACUAUUAUACUUCCAAUUUCUCCCAGGUGAGGGUCCUUCUAAUGUAGUUAUAUCAAUAUGUAAGUAGGUUGUGGGUUCAUUUUUAGUAUGGCUUGCUGAAACAUAUUCAAGUUUUCUGCAUAUGGAUUUAAACUCCUGGAAGUCCCAAACAUAUUUUAUUGGUCCAUGACUAGUCUAUGCCUUGUUUAAAAAACAAGAGCAUCAUAUAAUGGGAAAAUCACAUAAUUGGAAACUCUCUUACAUAUCACUUCUUAAUUUAAUGCUUACAUCUCUUAUAGUCAUGAAAAAUUUAACAAGAUUCAGACUAAAUGUUGCUCUUGAGUGCUUUUGCAGGUUAUGAAUCAGCCACAAAGUAUGCCAUACAGAAAAUUUAGUUUGUCACACCUAAAUUUCCUGGUAAUGUUCACUUUGUUAAAGCUCUGAUUUCUCUAGCUGAUUAACCCCCUCACUGGCUGCUAUAUUCGAUGGGAUUCGAAGUAAUUCCGCACUUUACACAGUUGCUUCAUAAAAAUGUUUAUUCUAAAAUUUUUAAUUUUAAAAAAAGAGAAAAGUUUGCUAGAUAUAAAAGGUUAUAUUUCCUUUAGAAACUUCUGUGAGUUUUUGGUCUUGUUUUCUAAAAAUCAGAAUGUAUCUGUUGGCCUUUCAACAGAUUCUACCAAAUACAUUGCAUACAGACAAUUUUUGGCUUUGAAUUAUGUGCACUUAUUAGUGUAAUCUAAGAAAUGUUAAGACAUCCAAAUGCAGAAUUUGUCUUAUUUGAAAACCUAUAGAAACACACUUAGAAAAAUGUAUCACUAAAACUAAGUCUUCCUUUUAUCCCAGAAGGCAGCAUUUUAGUAUCUUUAUUGAUUGCACAGUUCUGUCGAUUUAGGGUACUAGACUAGAAUUUAGGAGGUUAGAAACCAGAAAAAAUCUGCUAUCAGUCUCACAGAAAAAAAAUAGCUUCAAGUGAGAAACACUUUCUCUAACACAUAGGUGAGCUUUGCUCUUUUAUUCAAAUGUUACCUUUAACUGAAAGCCAAUUUGAGUAUCUCCACACUGACAUCAAAAGCAUUAUUAUCAUAGGCAUGAAGACAUGCUUUAGUAUGUAAGCAAUCUAUACAAACUCUAUGAUCUUUUAAUUUGAAAUUAUUGUUUCAAAUAAUGCAAUUUUCUCUAAAUAAUGAAGAGUCCCUACUGGCACUUUACUUUUAUAGUUCUUUCUAGUAAUUGAAGUAUUAAUGUAUUAUGCUCAUUCAUUAAUUUCACAGAUACAGACAAUAUUUAUACUUUUACUAUUAUGGAAGAAUAAUUAUAGUAGAUUAUUUGGACUGCACAUGUCCAAAAUGAUGAGCCAUUCUAUUAUCUCUUGUAAAAGCUGCAGAGCCCACUACAAAUACAAAUUAACCACUGUUCAUGUUGGAAUAUAGAUAGUUUCAGACAGCAAAUAAUUUCCUACUUUUUAAAUACUACAUAAAUUUGUAUCUACUUCAGCUUUUAAAAACAUUUGAAUACAUUACCCUUCAACAAAUGCGCCAUUUUGGUAGUUCACUGUGUGUUUGUACAAACUAUUUUGGACAUGAGUUAUUUUGGGUCUUCUCUGACAAGAAGUACCUCAGUUCUUGUUAUUUGAUUUUUGGCAAAUGCAGUGUAGAAAGCUAGCAUAAUACAAUAUUUUAAAAACUUUAUUGCUGUACCAUUUGGUACUCAAGGACUACAUCCCAGAGUUCUAUAGUUUCACUUAUAGUUUUGUGGGUGACUGGGACCAUCCUCACAUUAGUGUAUUUUUCCACUGCAGAAAAUACCUGCUUUUAAUGUACAAUUCAGGUAUGACAGAAGGAACACUAACCUAAACUGCUAAUCUAAUGUGUGAGCACUUCUCCAGUCCCACUAUGUGCAAUGAAUCAAACAGUGAAGCAUGACAGAGGAAGUGAAUAAAUGAGCUCACUUGCAGUAAUUUACUAUGCAGCUUUCUAUACUGCACUCACACAAGCAACAACAUUUUAAAUUGUUAUGUAUUGGCCUGUUACUGUGUCUUAUCCACCUGUGAAAAUGAGCUCACUCAAUCCUUGCAUAGGUCACAUAAUAAAAGCUUAUGUUUGUAUGGAAGGUAGUCAGUUGCCUAGGGAUUGUUCUGGAAGAAAGUAACUGAACAGCAUACCGGAAAAAACACAGAACCUCUGACUUCUUUUGUUACAGCACUGAGUUGAAUGUAUUGAAAUAAACAGCUUUUAGGUGGUUGGUUCUAUAUGCUGUUAAAUAACCAGCAUUCCUUCUGGUUUCCGUUGAAUUCCAUGUACUGUUCAAGGGGAGUGCUACUUGAAAAAAGAAUGGUGGCAUUUCUUUUCUUCUCUAUUCUCAUUAAGUGCAAGGUACAAGUAACACCAAGGUUGUGGCUUCAAACACCAUAUGGGCCAUUUGCUUAAGGGCUGGACUCGAUGAUCCUUUUGGGUCCCUUCCAAUUCUGACCAUUCUGUGAUUCCAUGACGUAAAACUAACUGAAAAUCAAGGAUUAGCAACCUUUUGAGGGGAGCCUCCCAGAACAUAAUUUUGGUUUUCAACUUAGAGGUGAAACAUGAUAGUAGAAACUCAGCGGAAGCUGGAAGAUUCCGUCUGGGGAAUUGUUAAUCAGUGCUAAUUGAUAUCUCACGUGCAUGAACUGUGGGAUUCUGGCUUCUGAUCUUUGGAAGGUCCCCAUAAGAUACAGUAGCUGUGAUCUCCUAAACCUUGAUCGACCUUGGUGUGUGCAAUUUAAAACUGAUAAAACAUACUAUAGACUUUUGGCUUAAUUUUAAAUUGAUUAAAAAGGCCUCUAUGUAUCCUUGCAAAAAAAAAAAAAAGAGGUAAGUUCAAUGCUAAAUAAAAAUUAAUAGGUAUUUGUAGAGUCAAAACAUGCUCCUCAAAGUAGCCUUCCAUCAACUUUCCUUUUAUGCAAAUUUUCUUACCUGUAUUUAUGAGUAACAUAAAUACAGCAGUAACAUAGGAAAUGAAAAAAGUAUAUUUUCAGAGAUACAAAUGGAAGGUAGAACUCUAGCUUUUUCAUGGGUAUUUUUAGGCAUCUUUGGAAAUCAUAUACAUUGUUGUUUUUACGGGAACAUGACUGUAGGGCUUACAUUCCAGGUUUGGAUUCCUAUAAAAACCAGGAAGUUACAAAACCUAACAAACAAGUGCUAUCUUAAGAUGCCUGGGAAAAAAAUACUAUAUUUACAUGCUGUCAUGCAGUACUAUGCACAGAAGCAGAAGAGUGUUUUUUCCAACAUUAAGGAACUGAGAAAUGAUGGUGCAAAUUAGAUUCUAAAAUUGAAUGUAAUUACAUGUGUACUUCUUACUACAUGUAACCAAGAAUAUUGCAUAUGAUAAUGUAAAUAUGUAUUACUUGUUUACAUGGAUAUUUUAUUGAGUGACUAAGAGAUAUUGCCAAAUAUUUUCUAUUUCAGAAGUCUCUUUCUAUUGCUUUUAUUUCAGAAAAUUCCUUCCUCUGUUUCUAACUGUUCACAAGAACCUAAAAAUUUAUUUUAUUAUCCAAAGUGCUUAUUUGUAGAUGAGAGCAAAUAUUUAAUUAUAAUGUCUCUUUUUGUUAUUCUUUUUUUUUUAUGUACUAAUAAAAGUGAUUUUUUUGAGCUUGUGA